AUGUGUAAUCCCUUCUGCUUCUCACCGGCCCCUUCUGUGGACGAUGCGGUCGCCGACCUGGCGAUGUCUGACAACAGCCUCCUGGACUCGUUUCGAGCAUACCUGCAGGACGAGGAGGCAUGGGAGCUAUCCAUCAAGAGCGCUGACAGCCUGGAUCAGGUUGACUCCUCUCACACUAGCCCCAACCAAGACUCUCACCUCUUCUUUCCAACCUGCCCCGAUCGCAGUUGGACGGAGGCGACCUGCAUGGCUCCGGAGGUUGAGGGCCCUGUAUCGUACGCACAGUCGCUGCUGGACUCAAGUGCAGCGUCUCCGUCUGUGUACAACAGUGCUUCUCAGUCAGGCUCCUCCCAUUAUGCUUCCUCCGAGUCCCAGGCGAGCCAUCACCCAGCUGAUGUGCUCGGCCAGCCGAGUCAGUCACGGAACGAGCUGAAAACGUACUGCCAUCGGCUUGAGAAAGCGAUCUUCAACUCCAGCCAGUGGUCUCCCGACGAGGAGGCCAGGUUCCUCGAGGCCCUCGCCAUGUUCUCCGACGCCGACCGCCGGGUGCGGCCGGAUGGGAGGAGGUCUGUGGGUCUGGGUCUGGGGGUAGCGAGGAAGAUCUCGGAGUAUAUAGGGACGCGGUCGGAGGGGCAAGUGCGGUCACACGCGCAGAAGCACUUCCUGCGGCAGGAGAGAAAGAAUCGCAGUUCAGCUAGGAUGUGA